AUGAUUUCGAUUAAAUAUUUUCAACACCGAACACUCUCUCUCUUCUCUCUAUCUCUCUCUCUCGCUCUCUCUCUCUCUCUCUCUCUCUCUCUCUCUCUCUCUCUCAAUCGAAAUUUAAUUUUAUUCUCAUGGGCCACAACUAACUUCAUUCAUGUUUUAAAUUUAGCAUUGUCUUCAACGCGUUCCGUUUUCUUUCUUCCAGGUGCAUUUUCUCGUAACUUCUUUCGAUCAUUUCUCUCUUCUUUCCGUUUUCUUUCCUUUCUUUCUAUUCAUAUCUAUCUAUCUAUCUAUCUAUCUAUCUAUCUAUCUAUUAGCAUAUUCCCCCACUUAACAAUAGAGUCCAACGUAUUUAUGACGAUUGAGAAAUACCUAGUAGCGUUCAUACGUACGGCAUAUAGCACCAUCUAUCUAUCUAUCUAUCUAUCUAUCUAUCUAUCUAUCUAUCGAUCUAUCUAUCUCAUAUCUCUUCAUUAUCUAUCUAUUACGGAUCGUUCAUAUCUAUCUAUCUAUCUAUCUAUCUAUCUAUCUAUAUGUUAUUCUGUUCAAACCUAUAUUAGUCUAUUCAUAUCUAUCUAUCUAUCUAUCUAUCUAUCUAUCUAUCUAUCUAUCUGUUGUAACCUAGAAAAGGUUACUGAAUGA